UUUUAAGAUUUAAUUUUGAUAAAAGUGGAAUAGCAACUGAGUAAAAGUAGAAUAGUAUCUAAAAUUAAAUGUACUUGAAAUGUACUUGUAGCAGAUAAUGGAAAUACCCAAGUUAAGUACAGGUAUCGCAACAUUUUUACUGAAGUGCAGUACUUGAGUAAAUGUUAUUUAUGUUACAUCCCACCACUGGCUAUUGUUUCUUUACUACUGUAGGAACUUCUACUACUUCUGUGAUAUUUUUACUGCUAAACUUGGUUGGCUGAGACUUUUAAUAAAUACUAAUAUUAAUGAAACAUUAAUGUACAGUAACAUAUUACAUACAAUUACAGUAAUAUGUAAUGUAAUAGAACGUCAUUUUUUCCAGGAAGAACCGACCUGGGUGGUAGACUGAAUGACAAGGUGGAAGUUAGGUUUAUAUUGAAAUAAUAUAUACAUGGAUGAAGUCAUUGUUCUACAGCCAUUAUAGUGUAAUCUGUAUUUACGUCAGAAUGAUAAGUAGAAACUAAAAAGUUGUCUGUUGCCUGUUUAAAAAGAAACAAGUUUAGCCAUGCUCAUACGAAAACGCUCUCUUGUUACUGUAGGAAAAGGUCAUUCAUAUUCACAACAACUAAGCUGACAGCAGCAGCUACAUGUAAGAGAAAAAAAAUGAAAGCUAAAUCGGCCAGCCAGUAUUAUCUCAGUCUGUUUAAAUUUGCAUCAUAACCAUCAUACAUUUGCAGAUGACUGAUGUCAAUUAAUGUUGGAAUAAUAGCUUGAGUGGAAAAUUAUUUAAUUGAGGGUGAACAAACCCCCUGGAGGGACUGAACAAGCUGACAGCAGGAAAAAAACAGAGAAAGCAGGAAUGGAGGACUCACCUGAGACAACAGCCAAUGAAACGUGACAGGGGGCGUUUCCAGGGAAACAGAUAAAGCAGGUAUGACAGGUGACAAAGAGACUAGAAAGGGCUGGAGAAGAGUAGACAGCUAGUACAACUCGGAAGCCAUCAUUUGAAUCAGCACUAAUUCAGAUACCUGCAAAGGUCUGAACAAUACAAGGACUUUCAGGACUGGUGAAAAUCACUGCAAGAAGAAGGAACGGGAGGACAAGAAGAGUUAAAGAAGAGAGAGUUGAGAAGAAAUUUGACAAUGUCUUCAUUUGAGGCCCAGGGCCAGUCUCCUCCUCGGUGUGGCCCACAGUUCCCAAGCCUCGGCCAGGAGCCACCCGAGCUCAGCAUGUACAGUGACUGUUACUACCCUCCUCCCUCGCUGCCGAGUCCACAGCGCACUACGCCAACAUCCUACGACCUGAGCGACUACACCACCUCCUCCCCGAACCCUUACCUCUGGUUCAACGGUUCCGGAAUCAACACACCGCCAUAUCUGGCUACUACCGGCCCGCCUGGCAAUCCGGGCCCUCCCUUCGUCCCUCAGCACUACGGCAUGCAGAGGCCGUACCUGGGUCCUGCUGGAGCUGGGGGUCCAGGAGGGGAGCUGAGCUGGUUCUCUCUGCCCUCGCAAGAAGACCUGAUGAAGCUGGUCAGGCCACCUUAUUCCUACUCCGCUCUGAUCGCCAUGGCUAUCCACGGAGCACCGGACAGGAGGCUGACCUUGAGUCAGAUAUAUCAGUACGUCGCUGACAACUUCCCUUUCUACAACAAGAGUAAAGCGGGCUGGCAGAAUUCCAUCAGACACAACCUGUCACUCAACGACUGCUUCAAAAAAGUACCAAGAGACGAGGAUGAUCCAGGCAAGGGCAACUACUGGACACUGGAUCCAAACUGUGAAAAGAUGUUUGACAAUGGGAACUUCCGCCGCAAAAGGAAGAGGAAGUCUGAUCCCCUCUCCGGUAGUGACGGCGGAUCAGGGGCUCCUGAGUCAGGCGACAACGAGAGGGGCAGCCCCAAACACUCUGCCCUUAACAUCUCUCCUACAGCGGACAGGAUCCCCUCCCCUUCAUCAUCAGGCCCUGCACCUUGUCUUAGUAGCUUCUUGUCCGAAAUGUCUGGAGUGACCACCACAGCAGCCGGUGAGGUGGGAGGCGAUGGGUUAAGCAGGCCACUGCAGAUCAACCUUCCUUUAGAUGGGCCUCACAGACCCACGCAACCUGGAAGCUUUAGUAGCUACUCCCCUAAUUCAGGUGGCCCGGAAUGGGGACCACAAGUGCCAGGUCCCCCUGUGCUCUCCUCUUCACCAACCCACUCUUCCCUUGGCUACACCAGCCCCAUCCUCAGCCAGUACAGCGGAUCCAGUGGGCAUUUCUACCCUACGCUUGGCUCGACAGGAAUCAUCUACCAUCGUGAGGGCACAGAGGUUUAAUAAGACUUUAGAGGGGGGCAUUUUAGAUUUAAAGACUCUUGGCAGGCAAUUUUACCUUUAGAGAGGUUCUGUUGUGACACACACAACACACACACACACACACAUACAUACACACACACACAAAGUUUGUUUGUGCUGACUGAGACAGUUGAGAUCACUAUAGCGUGUGACAGCAGAGUAAAAGGGCUUUGAUUCCCACAGGAACGGCUGAGUCAGCCGCAAUGGACAGCAAGUGGCACUCCCUGAAACCGCAGUUGGCCUCACUAUCAGAUCCUCAGUCAGCUUUUAUUCGACCUAAAGCCAGUCUUUAUCAGAUCUGACUCAUUAUUAAGAGAUCCCAGAUCUGUUCUGCUGACACCAGGCCAUUCCACACCACACUAUCUGUGAUUCUUUGAUAGUAUCACACAUACACAACGCUCAGACAGCAUAUUUAGAGCAGUAGUUAAAUUACGCCAUUGUCUAGGAAGUGUGUUGAGUUAACAACAGGUGAUGGUAGACUUUCUGUCAUGUUUUUUUGUAUAAGGAAUACUUCUGAUGAACUUGCUGUCUUGGUGUCUGAUACAAAUGUGGUAAUUUUACUUUGUAAAUAUGUCAAUGCAUUGUUUAAUGUUAUACAUUUAUAUUGUUGUUUUAUUGGUACGACUGUUAAUGUAUAAAUCGGAUUCCUAAAUGCUAUAUGCUAUGUAUGCUGUGUUUUUGAUAUGAAUAAAAGGUUCAAGAGA